CCGAUUGCUUCUACAAACAUUUGUGAAAGAAUGGGUCGCUCUCAGGAGCUCAGUGAAUUCAAGCGUGGUACGGUGAUAGGUUGCCACCUGUGCAAUAAGUCCAUCCAUGAAAUUUCCUUGCUACUAAAUAUUCCACGGUCAACUGUUAGUGGUAUUAUAACAAAGUGGAAGCAACUGGGAACAACAGCUACUUAGCUGCGAAGUGAGCGGGGUCAGCGCAUGCUCAAGUGCACAGUGCAUAGAAGUCACUGACUGUCUGCAGAGUCAAUAGCUAAAAAUCUCCAAACUUCAUGUGGCCUUGAGAUUAGCACAACAGUGUGUAGAGAGCUUCAUGGAAUGGGUUUCCAUGGC